AUGUCUCCAUCACGUCUUUUUGAGCCCAUCAAAAUCGGCGACAUAGAAGUGAAACAUCGCAUCGGAAUGGCACCACUCACUCGCCUCCGAGCGACCGAGGAUCGAGUGCCAACACUCCUCAUGAAAGAAUACUACAGCCAACGCGCCGCAGUGCCAGGUACCUUGAUCAUCGCCGAGGGAACCUUCAUAUCAGAAAACUGCGGCGGAUUUCCCCACGCACCGGGGAUUUGGCGCGAGGACCAAGUCGCUGCCUGGAGAACUGUCACAGAUGAAGUUCAUCGCAAGGGAUCUUUCAUAUUCUGUCAACUAUUCGCUAUGGGACGUGUCGCGCCUAUCGAUAUCGCCCAAAAAGAAGGGGUCGAUAUUAUAGGGCCCAGUGCUAUUCCCAUGGAAGAAGGCGCCCCGAUCCCCAAGGCCAUGACGACCGACAAGAUCAAACAGACAAUUCGGGAUUUUGUCAACGCUGCGAAUAACGCUAUUCGGGCUGGCUUUGACGGAGUCGAGAUCCAUGGCGCCAAUGGAUAUUUGCUCGACCAAUUUAUCCAAGACGUUAGCAACAAGCGCGACGAUGAGUAUGGCGGGAACGUGGAAAAUCGAUCUCGCCUUGUUGACGACGUGAUCAAAGCUGUUGUCCAUGCCAUCGGUCCUGAACGUGUCGGGCUUCGACUGAGCCCGUGGAGUACAUUCCAGGGAAUGAGAAUGCAGGAUCCGAUCCCGCAGUUUACGGACGUGAUCACCAAAGCCAGACGGGCGCACAUUGCAUAUCUUCACCUCGUGGAGUCGCGAAUUUCCGGUGCUCAGGAUCAUGAUGGCCAUGAGACGCUGGAUUUUGCGUACAAUCUGUGGGAUGGACCUUUUCUUAUUGCUGGCGGGUACACAUCGGAUGAGGCCCGCAAGUUGGUGGAUGAGAAGUAUCCGGACAAGGACAUUAUGGUCGUGUUUGGCCGGCACUUCAUUUCCAAUCCGGAUCUUAUCUUCAGGAUCAUGAAGGGUCUGGAGCUCAGUGCGUACAAAAGAGACAGCUUCUAUGUCCCCGAGUCAGCUGUCGGGUAUUCGGAUUAUCCAUUCAGCAAAGAGUAUCUGGCAAGCGGGAUAAGUGUGUAG